AGAGGCUCUUUCUCUAUCAGACUCAAAUCGAGCCUCAAAUCUCAAACCUCUAUAACUUUUUGAAACGAGUAAUCUUUAAGCAAACGACACAACUUUCACUGGGCAUAUUUUGGCCGAUUUGUGACAUUUCGUAUAAUUAGAAAUAUGUCGUAGUUUUCAAUUCUGUCGUAGUAAACUGAAAUAUGUCAGGAAAAAACAAAUACACAAGUUUGACCAAACUAAAUCCAUACAGGUUGUCUUUUUCACGUAAGGUAAAGUUUAAAGUUUAAAACCAUUAUUUUCCUCUUGUUCAAUAUUAUGGUAUUGAUUGGGAUAUUUUCUUUUUACUCAAAACUAGACCUGGUGUCGCCCAGGCUUAACUUAACUAAAAAUCUCAAUUUUUAUAACGAUAAACAUUCUUCUAAGCACACGAGUUCUUCUCUUCUGCACGUGAAUGCUUCUGUUUAAGUCUGUCUAUCCAUUUAUAUGUUUUUUUUCUUGUAAACUUUUAAACACCCUACCCUUUCCCUGCUCCCAAACUAUUCUAUCUUGUGCUUAUAAAAUACAAAGGUCAAUAAACUUUGUAUUACCUCCCAGUCUUCCUAACUCCUCCCAGUCUUCCUAACUCCUCCCGUACUUUAACAUGAUCGCCAUAAAUAAUUUUUUUUUCAGUUAAUAAACAUACAUGAAUUUUUCUACCCAGCAAGCAUUUCUAAAUAUUCACUAAUAUUCUGUUUUAAUCUUUUGACAGGAAGUAUCUUUUGUCAGCAUUUGCAUCAUCACUAUCAGAUAAACAUACUCUUAAUGGAAAUCAUUUUUUGAAGAAAUUAUGGUUUUAACACAAGAUUAUUUUCUGAGUUAGAGUUAAAGAAAAGGAAAAGUUAUUAUCAUGGAAACAAAAAAACUUCUUGAGGCUGAAAGAGAUUCACAAGAAAGUGACAUAGAAGAGAAUGGUUACGAAGAAUCUGCAAAAGAAUACAAAGCUAGAUGGAGAUCAAUCCGUGUCGUUUACUUAGCUGUUUUACUCAGUGCAAUGGAGUUUUCAAUCACCCUGCCGUCAUUAUGGCCCUAUCUGCAGAAGAUUGAUCCUACGGUCACCCCCCAAUUUCUUGCUUGGACAAAUGGUGGUUUCAGCUUGUGCCAAGUAGCUGGUUCAUUUCUGUUUGGUGCCUGGUGCCAGUACCGACCAGCAAAAGAGCCACUGAUAGCAUGCGUCUUCAUUCGCAUUGUUGGAAACUUUCUUUAUGUGCUUCCUGAAAAAUAUCAUGGUUUUCAUGGGAAAAUGUUGAUUCUAUCAGCAAAGCUUAUAAUUGGCCUGUCCACAGGUGACAAAGCUGUCUGCCGUGCUAUCAUUCCUCAGUCAACAACAACAUCUGAAAGAAGAAAUGCUUUCACAGUCAUCACUUUCUUGAUGCUUAUUGGUUACGCAAUUGGUACAGCUUUGCAGUCUGUUGCAGUCCCUAUCAUCGGCGAAAAGGGUCAUUCUUCGUUAUUGAACAUCGACAUAUACAACGUAGCUGGCUGGAUUGGAAUUGUCUUCGAGAUCUUCAUUUUGCUUCUAUUUCUGCUUUUUCUGAAAGAAUACAACAUUGAAAUUAACAAGAGUUCCAAAGCAGGUCAACUUCCGAGACCAGAUAUGGGUGCUUUGAUUGUGACGGUUGCCGCGUGUUCCUUCCUCUUCUUUGCCUUUUCCCUCGUUGAAACGGUAGCAACACCACUGAUGCAAGCAGAGUUUGGCUGGAACAAAGCACAAGCGGUCUUUUACGCCGGGAUGGUUCUGUCCGGAUCUGGUAUUUUCGCCCUCAUUGCACUAUUGAUUGUUAGAUAUGCCAUGAGAAAAUUUCAAGAACGAUUGAUUCUUCUGCUCGGAUUGGUUUUAGUGAUGCUUUCAUUUAUUAUUACAUUGCCCUGGGGAAGUAAAAUUCCAAAGCUCCAAAGAGAAGAAGAUUUCCAAGUUGGAAAUGCAACAAAGACAGUCUUGUCUUCAGGCUGCUCAAUUCAAUACAGUUGGUGCAAAUCCACACCAAAGAUAUACCUUUCUCAAUAUCUGGUUGCAAAUUUGGUCUACAAUAUGGGCAUUAGCAUUGCAACUUUGGUCGCUGCAUCGCUGUACUCUAAAGUUAUUGGGCCAAGAAAGCAGGUCUGGCACCUUGUGCUUCUUCGCCGUUUUUUUGUUCUAGUUGUUGAGGGUUUGUUUAUGGCCAUUCUAUCGGCUUUUGGAUCGUUUGCAAGGUUUCUUGGACCAGUGGCAAUGGUACCAUUAUUUGCAAAUUAUGGCCCAAGAUGGCUUUUUGUCACCUUGACACUUAUCACUGCAUCUUUCGUCACAUUGAUCGCUGGUUUCUACAAAAGAUUGGUUCCAUUUUCAGAUUACAUUGGCCUAAAGAGAAGAGAUGAUGGGAAAGAGUGAAAUGACAAAUAGAUUAGUGUUAAUGAAACUGUUUUAGCAUCCUACUUUUCAUUACAAGCAAUUUCUAUCAAAAUUCAAAAUGACCUCUCUCAUUUAAACUUGUCUAAUUUUUGUAACUAUGUUGAUUUAAUUAAUAAUCU